AUGGCUUCCACCAAUGCUACUACUCUUCUCUACCUGCUGCUCCUCUCAGCCUUCUUCUACUCAGACUAUGCUCAAAAGAGUCUGGAAGCUCAAACAGAGAUUGAAGCUCUAACUUCCUUCAAGCACAAUCUCUACGAUCCUCUUGACGCUUUAAACGGAUGGGAUUCAACCACUCCUUCCGCUCCUUGCGAUUGGCGUGGCAUCCUCUGCUACAAUGGCCGUGUUCGUGAGCUCCGCUUGCCUCGUCUACAACUCUCUGGUCCUCUCUCCGAUCGUCUUUCUAACCUGCAGGAACUUCACAAGCUUAGCCUCCGCUCCAACCACUUCAAUGGCUCCAUCCCUCCAUCCCUCUCGAAAUGCUCUCGUCUCCGUGCCCUUUACCUUCAGUACAACUCUUUCUCUGGUCGUCUCCCCGCAGUGAUUGCCAACCUAACCAAUCUUCAGGUCCUAAAUGUAGCUGAAAACCUUCUCUCCGCUGGAAUCACUGCCGAUCUCCCGCCCAGCCUCCGCUACCUUGAUCUCUCAUCCAACGCCUUCUCUGGUGAGAUUCCCCGCAACUUCUCCCCAUCGUCUGGGCUUCAGCUCAUCAACCUCUCCUUCAAUCGCUUCACCGGAGCGAUUCCGCAGACGUUAGGAGAGCUUCAGCAGCUUCAGUAUCUAUGGCUGGACUGGAAUCUAUUGGAGGGAACUCUACCUUCCGCGCUUGCCAACUGUUCUACGCUCAUGCAUUUGAGUGUUCAAGGCAAUGCGCUUCGAGGUUUGAUCCCAGUCGCUAUCGGGGCUCUUCCGAGACUACAAGUGCUUUCCCUCACACACAAUAAUCUCUCUGGUGCAGUUCCCUCUUCCGCAUUCUGCAAUGUUUCUGUAUACCCUCCAUCAUUAAGGAUCGUUCAGCUGGGAUUUAACGCAUUCACGAGUCUUGUUUCUCCUUCAGAAGCCACAUUCUACAGUGUCUUACAAGUCUUAGAUCUUCAACAGAAUCAGAUACAUGGCAUGUUCCCCUCGUGGUUAACGAAUGUGUCUACUCUAGCGGUGCUUGAUCUUUCCGGGAACUCGUUCUCCGGCAUGCUACCAGUUGGUAUCGGUAACCUCUUCAAGUUAGAAGAACUAAGGGUGGCGAACAACUCUUUUCACGGAGAUAUCCCCAGUGAGAUUCAAAAGUGCAAUUUGCUGAGCGUUCUUGAUCUUGAAGGGAACAGUUUCACCGGCGAGAUUCCUGCACUCUUGGGGAAGCUCAAGGAUUUGAAGGUUUUGUCUCUUGGGAGAAACUCCUUCUCGGGUCCCAUUCCAGCGUCUCUUGGAAGUCUUUCAGAGCUCGAAACCCUGAAUCUGGAACGUAAUAACCUCACGGGGAAUAUUCCAAAAGAACUGAUGUGGUUGGGAAAUCUAACUAUUUUGGACCUGGGUGACAAUAGACUAUCUGGAGAAGUUCCUUCUAACAUUGGGGACGUGCGGGGUUUGCUGGUUUUGAAUAUGAGUGGUAAUGGCUUCUCCGGGAGGAUUCCCACGAGCAUCGGAUCACUUUUGCAGCUCAAGGUACUGGAUUUCAGCCGGCAGAAUCUCUCCGGCGAAUUACCCUUAGAGCUUUCUGGUUUGCCUAAUCUGCAAUAUAUUGCUCUUCAAGAGAAUGCAUUCUCAGGGGAUGUUCCUCAAGGUUUCAGCAGCUUAUUGAGUUUGAGAUAUCUGAACCUGACGUCCAAUGCCUUCUCUGGAGAGAUUCCGGCAACCUAUGGAUUUCUCAGGUCAUUAACCAUUCUUUCUCUAUCCAACAAUCACAUUACCAGCUCCAUUCCUCCCGAGCUCGGCAAUUGCUCUGAUCUUGAAGUCCUUCAGCUCCGCUCAGAUGGUUUGACCGGUCAAAUCCCAGCUGAUAUCUUACGUCUAUCGAAUUUGAAGGAGUUCGACUUGGGUCACAACGAUUUGACGGGUAAAAUCCCAGAGCAGAUUUCCAGAUGUAAAUCCCUAAGGUCACUGUUAUUGAAUGACAAUCGCCUCUCGGGUGCAAUACCAAACUCUCUUUCAGAUUUAUCAAAUUUGACGGAACUGGACCUCUCUGCCAACAACUUGCAUGGGGUGAUACCGGGGAAUCUGGCCCUCCUCUCUGACUUGAGACGCUUCAAUGUAUCAAAAAAUAACCUCCAAGGAGAGAUACCAUAUAUGUUGGGUUCUCGAUUCAAUGAUCCUUCAGCAUUUGCGUUCAAUCGAGAUUUGUGUGGGAAGCCAUCGAAUAUGAAAUGUGAGAAUGUAACUAAAACGAACAAGAGGAAGAAGAAGAAGCUGAUCUUGUUGGUGGCAGUUGCCGUUGCAGGAGCUUGCCUGACGACAUUAUGUUGCUGCUGCUAUGUUUUCAGUCUCUUGCGGUGGCGGAAGCGGCUCCGACAGGGUGGAAGUGGGGAGAAGAAAAGGAGCCCAGCACGUGUGAGCUCUGGAGGAGCAGAGGGAGGUCGUGGCAGCAGAGAGAAUGGGAACGGAGGGCCAAAACUCGUAAUGUUCAACAACAAGCUCACAUACGCAGAGACAUUGGAAGCGACCAGGCAGUUUGAUGAGGAAAAUGUGCUGAGCAGGGGAAAGUAUGGGCUUGUGUUCAAGGCUUGCUUCCAGGACGGCACGGUGCUUUCAAUCCGUCGCCUCCCUGAUGGUUCCAUCGGCGAGGGAACAUUCCGAAAGGAAGCAGAGUUGCUGGGGAAGGUGAAGCACAGGAACCUAACAGUCCUCAGAGGAUAUUACGCUGGCACACCGGACGUUCGACUACUCGUGUACGACUACAUGCCAAAUGGGAACCUUGCUACUCUGCUACAAGAGGCAUCACACCAGGACGGCCAUGUCCUCAAUUGGCCAAUGCGCCAUCUCAUUGCCCUCGGGGUAGCUCGUGGGCUGGCCUUCUUGCACACGGCCUCCAUGGUUCACGGGGAUGUUAAGCCUCAGAAUGUGCUCUUCGAUGCCGACUUCGAAGCCCACCUAUCCGAUUUUGGGCUCGACCGGCUCACGGUGGCGACGCCGGCGGAAGCAUCCACAUCUUCAACCACGGUGGGAUCCCUGGGGUAUGUAUCGCCGGAGGCGGCAUUGACAGGGGAAGUGAGCAAGGGGGCCGACGUGUACAGUUUUGGAAUUGUAUUGCUUGAGCUAUUGACGGGGAAGCGGCCGGUGAUGUUUACGCAGGACGAAGACAUAGUGAAGUGGGUGAAGAGGCAGUUGCAGAGGGGUCAGAUAUCGGAGCUGCUGGAGCCGGGGCUCCUGGAGCUCGACCCGGAGUCGUCAGAGUGGGAAGAGUUCCUGUUAGGGGUGAAGGUGGGGUUGCUGUGCACGGCACCCGACCCUCAAGACAGACCAUCCAUGGCCGACAUUGUCUUCAUGCUCGAAGGUUGCCGGGCUGGCCCCGACAUUCCCUCUUCUGCCGAUCCCACCUCUUUACCAUCGCCGGCAUGAUUAUUGAU